AGCUAGAAAAACAGACAGAAAGUUGUGGACACAGCAAGUGUGUUUGAGAACCACAGGUCAAGACAUGGAGUCUGAGUCUGAAUCAGAAUCUGAAUGGAAUCCGGAGAGCAGCACAGACUCUCACAGUCUGAGUGAGAGCGACAGAGAAAAGAAAGGCAAACGAGGGACGGAAAGAAAGAUGAGGAAACAAACGUACUCCAGACAGAAUUUGAGACAAAUAAUUGAAAACAAACGUGAACUUCCUGUCACAUGUGGAGAUAAAGAUGGUGUCCUUUAUGUGGAGAAAUAUGAUAACCUGCAGGCGUGCAUAUUCAGUGAAGGCGAGUGGCUCAUGCCCACUGAGUUUGAGGAAUUUGGAGGGAAAAAAAGGAACAAAAAGUGGAGGAACAGCAUCUUUUACAAUGGCACUCCACUCCAGUACCUCAUUAAGGAUGGUCUUCUGUCGCCCUUUCUGAACCGGAAGAAAUUUCCGGUUCAGAAUGAACAGACUGACUCUCCUGGAUCCUCCCCAAUUACUGACCGGCUCAGAAAAAGGAAGAAUGACUCUCCUGGAUCUUCCCCAAUUACUGACCGGCUCAGAAAAAGGAAGAAUGACUCUCCUGGAUCUUCCCCAAUUACUGACCGGCUCAGAAAAAGGAAGAAUGACUCUCCUGGAUCCUCUCCAAUUACUGACAGGCUCAGAAAAAUGAAGAAUGACUCUCCUGAAUCCUCACCUGACAGGUUCAGAAAAAGAAAGUGCAGAAAACAGUUGGGCCACUCCAGCUCUGAAUCAGAGGGGAGGAUCAAUGGCAGUGAAGAUGGGCAUGUUCACAUCGAUGAUGUCAGUGACGUUUUUGACAUGAGCGUAUUUGAAGGUCAAACCCUACCUGUCACCUGCGGUUCUGGCUCUGGCAUCCUACACAAAUAUCGCUUUGCCACAGGGCAUUGUGGGAGAUGCAUAAGGACCAAAGACUUCUGGCUGAGCCCUGAGGAUUUCACCAUAUUGAACAAACCAGAUGGAACAUGGAGGAAAGACAUUGUGACCUAUGGGAUUCCUCUAGGAAAACUAAUAAUGAAAAGAGUUUUGGAACCGCAUAUGAUAAACUGUGAUUGUGAGAUUUGUAAAGGACCAGAUCUUUACCUACAGAAUGAUGACGUGUGUUUCGUGUGUGACUCUGAUGAUGGAGAUCUGGUGUGUUGUGACGAAUGUCCACGAGCUUUUCAUUCACACUGUCACUUACCAGCUGUAGAUGGAGACUCACCUGGCCAGUGGAGCUGCACAUUCUGUGUGAUAAAGAAUAUGGAGGACUUCAGUCGAAAGACCCAACCGGACGUUUUGAGCAGUCCAGUCUCUCAGUACACACGGCACUGCCAGUGUUUGCUGUUAAAACUGCUGCAUGACUGCAUGACUGACCCCUGCAGUAAUGUUCCAGGAUACAGUAAGAAUUUUUGUGGACCCAUGAUGCUGGGCAGAGUGAAGCUGGAGCUGGAAAAUAACGAUUAUCAAACAGUGCAAGAGUUUGUCUCAGAUAUUAGACAAAUUUUCAACAACUUUUGCAUCUCCAGUGCAUAUAAUGACUCCAGCAGAAUGACCUCUAGACUGAAGGAAGUAUUCGAGAAGGAGUUUAAAACAGUCUUUAAGCUCCUAUAACAUCAUAUGCAGUGGGUUGAUUUGUCAAAACAGAAGUUUCUAUCGGGUCUUUCUCUUCCAGGUCUUCUGCAGUCUAAAGUUACGUUCACACUCACACUGCAAUUUAAAGCAAUAAGAGGACAUUCAUUUUAAUAACUGAUAGUUGACGAUUUGAAUGACAGCAACAAUGGCCAUCGAAUUUCUUUUGUUUGUAAAUAAAUGGAUACCAUUGUUAAAAAUGUGGACAGAUUUAAAAAAAAAACAAA